AAAAAAUCCCAUUUUUUGAGUCAAAAUACCCAUUCGAGGUCCAAAACUACCCAUUUUAGGUCCAAAAAUACCUGUUUUGAGAGUAUAAAUACUCAUUUUUUGACCAAAAUUACCAAUUUUGGGCAGAAAAUUCCCAUGUUUUGACCCAAAGUAUUGAUUUUGGGUGUAAAAGUGUCCAUUUUGGGGCUAAAAACAUCCAUCUUGGGCCAAAAAUACCCGUUUUUGGUCCAAAACUACCGAUUUAGGGCUGAAAAUUCACAUUUUGGAGCCAAAAAGUCUCAUUUUCUGGCUAAAAAAGACCAUUUUAGUUCUCAAAAAUACCCAUUUUGUGUGUAAAAAUAACCAUUUGGGGGGCUAAAAAGUCCUAUUUUUUUUUUAACCAAAUUCACACGUUUUUGAAAAUUCUCGUUUUUGGACCUGAAAACACCCAUUUGGGUCCAAAAAUUCCUGGUUUUGACCAACCCCCCCCGCAAUUUUAGGACCAAAAAUACCCAUUUUUUUAACCAAAAGUGUCCGUUUUAGGACCAAAACCACCCCCCAUUUUAGAACCAAAAAUACCCAUUUUUUUGAUCAAGAGUGUCCAUUUUAGGACCGAAACCACCCGUUUUAGGCCCAAAAAUCCCCAUUUGUGGGGAAUUCCCAUUUUUUGACCAACCUUCCCCCCAGUUUUAGAACCAAAAAUACCCAUUUUUUUAAUCAAAACUAUCCAUUUUAGGACCAAAACCACCCAUUUUAGAACCAAAAAUACCCAUUUUUUUGAUUGAAAUUGUCCAUUUUAGGACCAAAACCACCCCCCAUUUUAGGACCAAAAAUACCCAUUUUUUUGAUUGGAACUGUCCAUUUUAGGGCCGAACAUACGCCUCAUUUUAGGACCAAAACCACCCGUUUCAGGCCCAAAAACCCCUAUUUGUGGGGAAUCCCCAUUUUUUUGUUGGAAUUCCCGCCUCCCUCUGACCCUUUUUCCCUCUUUUCCCCCUUUUUCCCCCCUGCAGGCCCGGCCAUGUCCCCCCCUCGCUGCUCCCGCUGCCCCAGCCCCUCAUCCCUGCUGCGCUCCCGCUCCCUCCUCCCCUUCUGCCGCCACUGCUUCGUCGCCGCCUUUGAGGCCGAGACCCUCCGUGCCCUGCUCGGGGACCCCUCGGGGACCCCCAAACCGGGGCAGGGGGUGGCCGUGGCGGCCUCAGGGGGCAAAGAUUCCACUGUGCUGGCCCAUGUUCUGUCCCGGUUGGAUCGGUGCCACAAUUUGGGGCUGAGGUUGGCUCUGCUGGCCGUGGACGAGGGCAUCUCCGGCUACCGAGAGCCCUCCCUGGUGGCCCUCAGGGAGGUGGCCCUGGCCCUCCCCCUGCCCCUGCUCGUGGUGGAGCACCGGGAGCUCUUCGGGCUCACCGUGGACCAGGCGGGGCCGGCGCUGGGCGGGAGGAGCCGCUGCACCCUCUGCGGGGUCCUCAGGAGGAGGGCAAUGGAGAGGGGGGCCGGGGAGAUGGGGGCCGACUGGAUAGUGACUGGUCACAACGCUGACGACGUGGCCGAGACGGUUCUGAUGAACUUCCUGCGCGGGGAUGUGGCCCGGCUGCGGCGCGCGGCCAACGAGGCCACCGGGGCCACCAAUGAGUUCUCCAGGGCCACCAACGAAGCCAUUGGGGCCAACGAGGCCACCGGGGCCACCAAUGAGGCCACUGGGGCCAAUGAGGCCACCACGGCCACCAGCGAGGCCACUGGGGCCACCAAUAAGGCCACUGAGGCCGAUGAGGCCUCUGGGACCACCAAGAAGGAACCCAACAGAAACCCAACGGAACCCAACGACAACUCAUCGGAACCCAACGGAAACUCAAUGGAACCCAAUGACAACUCAUCGGAACUCAAUGGAAACCCAACAGAACCCAAUGACAACUCAUCGGAACCCAAUGGCAAUUCAUUGGAACCCAACGACAACUCAAUGGAACCCAAUGACAACUCAUCAGAACUCAAUGACAACUCAUCAGAACCCAACAGAAACCCAACAAAAUUGAACAGAAACCCAGUGGGACCCAAUGACAACCCAACAGAACCCAACCAUGACUCAUCGGAACCCAACAGAAACCCCACAAAAUUUGACAGAAACUCAAUGCAACCCAACGACAAUUCAUCAGAACUCAAGGGAAACCUAAGAAACAGCAACGGAAACCCAACGAAAUUCAACAGGAACCCAAGGAAACCCACCCAGACCCCCUCCCGACCCAACGCCACCCCCCCGGUGGUGCCACGGCUGAAGCCGCUGCGUCACGCGGCACAGAGGGAGAUCGUGCUCUAUGCCCACUUCUUGGGGCUCUCCUACGCCAGCUCCGAGUGCCACCACGCACCCUUGGCCUUCCGGGGCCAUCCCCGCGCCCUCCUCAAGGACCUGGAGGCCGCCCGGCCGGCGGCCGUGGCCGCGUUGGCCCACUCGGGGCGCCGGCUGGCCCUGGGGGCGGCACCGGGCACAGGGGAACCGCCAGGGGCUUGCGGGCGCUGCGGGUCGGUGGCCAGCGGUGACCUGUGCAUGGCCUGCGCCCUCCUGGCCGCCCUGGACAAGGGGAGGCCGCGGUUGGCGUUGGGCAAGCGCGGGGUCAGGGUGGCUACCGGGGCGGACGGGCGAUGGGAGGGUGAGGGGGGAGAGCGAGGUGGCCACUGGGAUGGGAGUGGUGGCCACGGGGUUGAGGGGACUGGAAAUGGUGGUGGUGGCCGCCAGGAGGGGGGUGGUGGCCAGGGGGCUACUAGCUGUGAGGGUGGUGGCUGUGGGGGCAGUUCUGGUGGCCACGGGGGCUGUGGCUGCAGGGCUGGUGGCCCCGGGGCUGGUGGUCAAGCUGGUGGCCACAGGGGCAAUUCUGGUGGUCACGGGGGCAGUUUUGGUGGCCACGGGGCCUGUGGCCAUGGGGCCGCUUUUGGUGGCCACGGGGCCGGUUCUGGUGGCCCCCUGGGCCGGGAAGUACAGGUCGAGGUGGUUUCACGGGGGGGUCACUCUGAGCGGCGCUGCCUGAGGGGCUUCGGGCACGUCCGGGGGGGGGGCAUCAUCGGGGGGGGCUGGGGGGGGGGGCCCCGGGGGCAGUUUGGGGGGCCCUGGGGCAGUUUUAGGGGUCCCAGGGGCAGUUUUGGGGGUCCCUGGGUUAGUUUUGGGGGUCCCAGAGGCAGUUUUGGAGGUCCCUGGGGGCAGUUUGGGGGUCCUGGAGUCACUUUGGGAGACACUGGGGGGGAAAUUUUGGGUCCUUGGGGUCAGUUUGGGGGGCCUGGAUUUCUUUUGGGGGGCGUGUCCAUGCAAAUGAGGAUCUACUUUUAGGGUGUGUCCAUGCAAAUGAGGAUCUGCUUUUGGGGCAUGUCCAUGCAAAUGAGGGGUUGCUUUUGGGGGCGUGUCCAUGCAAAUGAUGCCCAACAAUCACAAAUAAAACGAGA